UUGGUAUUUCACAGCGAAGGCUGCCGUGUAGUUAGUAAGAUUUAGUUAUCAUGAUCAGGUAAAGAAGUGUGCGCGUGUACGCGCGAAGCUCACAGCAUUCUUUAAUAAGAAGAAUUUACCUGCAAAACAUCUUAGUCAAUACAGUGCAGUGAUAAGUGAUAGUGUAAAAAUAUUCGUAGUACGAGCGACCGGGUAUGUGAGAUGACGCGAUAACUGUUAACAACGGUGUGUGCAUGUGUUGUUUAUUUUCAAUAUUACGUCAUCGUGUUAAUGAAAACCAUCUUUAGGCUUGGAAUUUUAAGCACUGUACCGUUCUUCAUCGAUAGUAUCGUGUAUAAAUCAGUUCAGUUCUGUUCUCAGUUUAGUGUUAACAAGUGUUUGAAGAUGUUGAAAGCAUGCUGGGAUUGUUGGACAGGAAGCGGUGUGGAGAAUGGGCGUGGUGACGGCGUGUAUGGCACUCAGUUGAAUGGAGGCAGUGAGAGUGUUCCCCUGCGGCCGGCGCGAUCGACAGAACGAAACAUGUUUGUGAUUCCACGGGCGCUGAGCGCCGGAGAUUCCAUGGAGGUCUCCUGCACUAUCAAUGAUCCAAAUAGAUUCACUGCCAAUUUGUUGACAGGAUCACCCAGACCAGAUAGUAAUAACAUAGCCUGUCAAAUAGACAGCGAUUUCCAGAGAAAUGAGGUAGCAAUCAGAGUCAUAGAAAAUGGUCAGCAAGCCAUACCAGAAUCGGAACAGGUCAAAGGCGAAGCCAAUGGUAUGAUGUCAGGUUCCUCAGAAGUAUUGCUAGAAUUCAAAUUCGAUGGAGGCUAUGGAAGAACUAAUUUGGAAAUGUAUAUCAACAGAUCAUUUUUAGAUGUUCUUGAAUUGAAACAUGAUGUUGAAAAAAUUACAUUUUUGGAAAUGUUAGGAGAUGUGAAGGUUACCGGACUAAAUUUCAAGUUUGCUUAAAAAUCUUGUACAUAAUGUUUAUUGUAUGCAUAUGUUGUUGUUAUUGCUUAUAUUUGUGCAACUUUAAAAAUAAUUAUAGCAUAUCUUGUAAUGUACAAAUUACUGUUCGAGUGCAUAAUAGUUGCGUCUUUUCAUCACAAAAAGGUUGAAGCAUGAGAAUGCUUUAAACUUUUAUAGCACGAGAAUGCUACAAACUUUUUUAUAAUUACAAUCCUUAAAGGUUGUGUCAGAAUUGACAACUGCCAUUAAAUUAACUAUACUCUGAAAUGCUUACUUAUUUGUAGGUGGUAGUUAUCAAUCCCACGGAUGCUUGUUUUAAUUAUUAUAGUGAUGACGCAAUUGUCAAUAAUUUAUGUGAAUUAUUUAUUUAUACUAAAUUAAGUAUUUAAGUUGCAAUUAUUACUGUAAUUUAUUUACCAGUAGCUUUCAUUUUAUUUUACUUAGUUUUGUAAGAAUUAGUAAUUGAAUUUGAUAUGAUACAUAAUAAUUAAUAAGAUUAAUAAAUGAUACAAAAGAAAUUCGUUAAAUAUGUUAAACUUCAAACACAGAGCCGAACUAACGAAGGAUUACGAUCACGAUCUCGACAUGACGCAACAAAAAUAAGACAGUGAUUGACUGAUUGUUAUGAAAUUAGAAAUCUAUUUUCAUUCAAUUCAAAUUAUUACCAUUGUAGGUGCAUGGUCGAAUAGUCAUAGCUAAAUGAAAUUACGAGACAUAGGGUCUGGGGCACCGACAUCAGACGACGGUCAAACUAAUUUAGUCUUGGCGCUCAUAAGGUUAAUUAUUUUGGCCCAUUGUUCUGCAUGUUAUAGGUAACAGUUCUUAACCCUUUUCAAGUCCCGUAAAAUUUAUAAAGCUAUCGGGAAAUGUGACUUAUCUAAAUGAACCCUCCUCAACGUGAGUGUGAUUGAUUGAUUGGAAUAUAUUUGGAGUUUUUUGGGAAAAUGUUAGCUUAGCAGACCGUUGUGAACCAUAUAGAAUGGUAUGAAGGUAUACACACCAUCAAUAGUGUAGCCGGUUGUAACUGACUCGUGCCUUGUCCUUUGAGCUAGACGGCCUUCACACACACAUACACAUUUCUGGAUAGAACUUCGUGUUUCGGAUACGAUCAAUGAUGACGUUCUCUAUCAGCCAGACGAUUUAUGAUUUUAAAUGUCAGUAGCUAAUGAUUUGUAAAUGCAUAUUUUAUUUUAUGUUCUAGUACAUACGUUUUAAUUGCUUGUAAUGUAACUCUGUGUAUAGAUAGAUAUUUUUAUAAGUUAUAAGCCACUGACAGUUACUAAGUGUUAAAUCUGUUAAUAAAUCUGUCCUGUGUAGUAUUACCCACUUAUGUGGAACUGUGUUUUUCUAAACAAUCGAUUUGCAAACACAAAUGAGCGAUAUCUAUUCUGUCCCACCGCACAUGGUAAUUAAUUAUUAGUAACAUUUGAAAUUCAAUAGUUUACCCGUAAUUAUUAGUAACAUUUGAAAUUCAAUAGUUUACCUGUAUUCGUGUUUUCCUAGGACUUGCAUAAUGUGUACUAAUUAUACCUAAUGUUCAAUUGUUAAGAAAACAAUAUACUAUGGUAGAGUCAGUCAGGUUAGGGCGCUAUCUGAUACUUUAGCGAAAAUGAUGGUACUUUUUGCUUGGUUAGGGCACAUUAUUCCUUGAAAUAGAAGCAUUUAGUAUAUCACUAAUCUGUGUACGUGUUAAUACUGUGCCUUACAUGUUAGUAUUAUCUAUAGAUUAAGCUGUAACUGUAAUGUUUGCACUAGCAGGAAAUACUAGUGUUUACACCUUAUGCCUAGCCUUUACAUAAACAUUGAUAAAAUAUAACAUUUCAAAUAGUUUGUCAACACGCCCAUGUUGGUAAUGAAACACGAUUGCAAAAAACAAAGAAUAAUAUUUGAAAUAGAUUGUCAAUGCCAAUAGCCGGGUCUACACAGCGAGGCACGUCGCGAGGCAAUUUCCUCGCGCAGCAAAUGUGUUGUGCAGGUAGACUUGCCUCGGCCGAGGCAGUGUGCAAUGGGUGC